CGAAAGAUAUGAGCUCUCCGGUUGGCUGAUGCAGGUUGGCGGUACUUCCUCUUGGUUUUCUGAAAAACGUGCUACUGACCCGAAUGAACAGCUAGGCCGAAACGGGAAAGGGGGGAUCGUGGAAAAUUGCUUGCAGCGGGCGACGGCGGACGCCAACCGGAAAAAGAUUCAUUCACUCGCGGAACCAAGGCGCCUAGAUUAGCUAGCCUAGCUAGCAAGUAUAUCGGAAAGUUUCAAGAUGUCAUACUCGUCGUCAAGAGGUUCCUCUCGCAACACCGACUGCAAGGUGUAUGUGGGUGACUUGGGCAACGGUGCCGCCAAGGGCGAGCUUGAGAGAGCCUUCAGUUACUAUGGACCACUACGCAGCGUCUGGGUUGCUAGAAACCCACCAGGCUUUGCCUUUGUGGAGUAUGAAGAUACCAGGGAUGCAGAGGAUGCCGUAAAGGGCAUGGAUGGAAAAGUUCUCUGCGGGGCCCGCAUAAGAGUGGAGUUGUCCACGGGCAUGUCUCGCAAGUCGCGCUACGGUCGCCCCAGUCGUAGGAACUUCGACCCUAACGACCGCUGCUACCAGUGCGGAGAGAGUGGGCACUAUGCAUACGAUUGCUAUCGCUUUAGCAAGAGGGGAGGUGGCCGUCGUAGCAGGUCUCGCUCUCGAUCUCGCUCUCGGUCUAGGGGAAGGCGUUAUAGGUCACGCAGCAGAAGCAAUGAUCGGAGACAUCGAUCCCCGUCUUAUUCAAAGCGCAGAAGCAGGUCUGCUUCCCCAGCCCGCUCCAAGUCCAGAAGUCCAGUGCGCAGGUCAAGGACACCUGUGCGUCGGUCAAGGACACCUGUGCGUCGGUCAAGGACUCCAGUGCGCAGAGCAAGUCGCUCGCGCUCUCGUUCCCGUUCCCGGUCAGUUUCUCGUCCCCGGGCCCGCAACGUCUCCCGAUCUCGCUCCAGGUCCAGAUCCCGUUCCGCUACCCCCAAGAAAGACAGUCGUUCCAGGUCAGCCAGUCCAAGGAAAAGCCCAACACCUGAUGCUGACUGACCCUGGGGGAAUUGCGGCACUGAGCCCUCUCCUUGGUCCCCUUACCCCAUUUGCCUCAGGGCUUGAAGCCAUUUUACACCGGUUCAUGUUUUAGUUUUUUUUUUUCUCUCCCCAUUCUAUUUAAUUUAUCCCUUGUUUUUUUGUCAUCUGGUUUUACAGCUCUUAUUUGGUCUGUACAUUAUGGUAUUCCACAUUUUCAUUUUGCCAUGGUCAUUUUAAUUCUUUUCACAGGGGAAUUUUUUUUCUUUAUAUUUUUGCAUUCAUUAAAAAAAGACAGUGGCCAGUGUGUCACAGCUUUUUAAAAGCUGUGUGCUGACUGAUGGUGGCUACAGUAGGGUUCAUUGAAGUGUACGCAUCGCUGUACUAAAGAAUGAUUAGGGUUUUAUUUUUAUUUUUCAAUGUAAAUGGCUAUCUUUUUAAUAAAAUGAAUCUUUACACAUUGUAGUAA